AUGACUGCCUUCUUUCAGAGACUGGCUAAGGCUGCCCCAAUCGCCUUCAACAACUCAUUUGGAGGCCAAUCCAAGUCCAGCUUUCGCAUUCCCUUUGGAGCUCUCGCAGCUGUCUCUGGUGGAAUCUCCUAUCUCUGCUACUAUUCCUCGCCAGAUUUGGUUUAUCUAGAUGAGAUCAAAGAACAGGCAGGCCCAAAAGUUGCGCUUAAUCCCAACAAGUGGAUUGAAUUUAAGUUGCAAGAUACUGCAAGGGUUAGCCACAACACUCAAUUGUUCAGAUUUACAUUUGAUCCCACUGCCAAAUUGGGUUUAGAUGUUGCUUCAUGUCUCAUUACGAGGGCUCCAAUAGAACAAGAUGCAGAAGGGAAACCAAAAUAUGUCAUACGCCCGUAUACUCCUAUUUCAGAUCCAGAUUCCAAGGGAUACUUUGACCUGUUAAUUAAGGUGUAUCCAGAAGGAAAAAUGAGCCAGCAUUUUGCAAGCUUAAAACCAGGCGAUGUAGUUGAAGUGAAGGGGCCCAUUGAAAAGUUCAGAUAUACUCCCAACAUGAAGAAACACAUAGGCAUGAUUGCAGGUGGCAGUGGUAUUACUCCAAUGCUUCAGGUUAUUGAGGCUAUAAUGAAAAAUCCCGAUGACACGACUCAGGUGUCACUGCUUUAUGCUAAUGUCUCCCCAGAUGACAUAUUGCUUAAACAGAAACUUGACAUACUUGCAGCUAGCCACCCAAAUUUAAAGGUAUAUUACACAGUAGAUAAUCCAACGAAGAGUUGGAAAGGGGGAAAAGGUUACAUAUCGAAGGACAUGGCCGUUAAAGGCUUACCUGGUCCUGCUGAAGAUACUCUCAUCCUUGUAUGUGGCCCCCCUGGAUUGAUGAAACAUAUAUCUGGUGACAAGGCUAAAGACUGGUCACAAGGAGAGCUCACUGGCAUACUAAAAGAACUUGGAUACACAGAAGAAAUGAAAGCAUACGCAACUUGA